AUAAAUGAUGAUCAGCAACAGGUUAAGCCCUUGCUAGUUAAGUUUUUUUAAUCAAAUUUAUGUUUGAAAAUGAUCCCUAUAUAAUAUACAAAUCGAUCACUAAAGAAAGAUCUGAGAGAGAAUGGAAGAACCCACAAAGGAAUCAUGGUUGGAGAGACAAAUGGAGGAAUUAAGAGAGACUUUUGAAAGUGGAAAGACCAGAAAAGCAGCUUGGAGGAAAUCUCAGCUCAAAGCUCUUCUUUCUCUCCUCAAAGAGAAAGAAGAAGACAUUUUCUUAGCCCUUCAACAGGAUCUUGGCAAACAUCCUGCAGAAACUUUUAGAGAUGAGUUGGGAACUUUGAUCAAAUCUAUAAACUUUGCUUUGGAUGGUCUCAAGAAAUGGAUGUCAAGCAAGAAGGCAAAGGUUCCUUUAGCUGUUUUCCCUUCAAAAGCAGAAAUAGUACCCGAGCCUCUUGGUCUUGUUCUCAUCAUCUCCUCAUGGAAUUUUCCCUUUGGUUUGUCAUUGGAACCGUUGAUUGGGGCAAUAGCGGCAGGAAAUGUAGUCGUGUUGAAACCGUCGGAACUUUCACCUAUGUGUUCUUCGAUCCUAGCAAGAACCGUAGGCGAAUAUUUGGAUAAAUCCGCCGUUAAAGUUUUGGAAGGCGGAGUCUCCUUAGGAGAACAACUUUUGCAACAGAAAUGGGACAAGAUCUUCUUCACAGGUAGCGGGCGGGUGGGAAGGAUUGUCAUGACUGCAGCCGCGAAGAAUUUAACGCCGGUUGUGUUGGAGUUGGGAGGGAAAUGUCCCGCUAUUGUGGAUUCACUCGCAUGUUCAAGGGAAAGGAAGGUUGCAAUUAAAAGGAUACUUUCGGGUAAAUUUGGCACUUGUGCUGGUCAAGCAUGUUUAUCCAUCGAUUACAUUCUUACCGAGAAGAGAUUUGCCUCGACUUUGGUAGAAGAAAUGAAGGAGAUUCUGAAAGAACAAUAUGGUGAGAAUCCAAGAGUAACCAAUUCUGUUUCAAGAAUAAUCAACAAACAACAUUUUGCUAGAUUGGAAAAUCUUCUAAAUGAUCCAUUUGUGAAGGCUUCGGUCGUGUAUGGUGGUUCUCUAGACGAAGAAAACUUAUUCAUCGAACCAACCAUCUUGAUUAAUCCUCCACUGAAAUCCGCGAUCAUGACUGAGGAAAUAUUCGGUCCAUUGCUUCCUAUAAUAACUUUGGACAAUAUCGAAGAUUGUGUGGAGUUCAUAAAGUCCAGACCAAAGGCAUUAGCUGUGUACGCGUUCACCAGCAAGAAGAGGUUGCAAAAGAGGCUGGUAGCCGAGACAUCGUCGGGAGGACUGGUAUUCAACGAUACGAUCCUUCAGUAUGCACUAGAUAAACUUCCUUUUGGUGGAGUUGGAGAAAGUGGGAUAGGGAGGUAUCACGGGAAGUUCUCGUUUGAUGUUUUCACGCACGAGAAGUCGGUUUUGAAAAGAGGCUUUUGGAUUGAUUUCUGGUUUAGAUAUCCUCCAUGGGACUUCAAGAAGUUGCAGUUGUUUAAGGCAUCUUAUCGUUAUAAUUAUCUCAAAGUAGGUCUCAUUGCCUUGGGCAUUAAGAAGACCUAUUGAGUAAUGUUAUGGUCAUAGCAAAAGGGGUUCUCUCCAUAUAUAUAUACUCUGGUCUUUUGUACUAUAUAUAUAAUUAAUGUGUUAUUAUUUAUUCAUGUUUUUGUUUGCUUAUAAUGAACCAAACCCACAUUACAAAAUGUUGUAUUUGGUAUGAAUCAAUAAAUUAUAUUGACUGUUUAUGAUAA